GUACUGGUACUGCUGCUUUCAGAGAAGUGAAGAAGAAAGAAGAAAGGUUAAGCCAAUUUGGAGGAAGAAUGGGUCAUCACUCUUGCUGUAACAAGCAGAAGGUGAAAAGAGGGUUAUGGUCACCUGAAGAAGACGAGAAACUCAUCAACUACAUCACCACUUAUGGCCAUGGUUGCUGGAGCUCUGUCCCUAAACUUGCAGGACUUCAGAGAUGUGGCAAAAGUUGCAGAUUAAGAUGGAUAAAUUAUCUGAGACCUGAUUUGAAACGAGGAAGCUUCUCUCCACAAGAAGCAGCUCUCAUUAUUGAACUCCAUAGCAUUCUGGGCAACAGGUGGGCUCAGAUAGCAAAGCACCUACCUGGAAGAACAGACAAUGAGGUGAAGAACUUUUGGAAUUCAAGCGUCAAGAAGAAGCUUCUUUCUCAUGAUCAUCAUCUUCUUCUUCUUCCUCCUUUGGCCACUUGUAAUGGUGCUUCUGUGGAAAGCUUCUUCCCUUUCACUCCAAACCCUAAUAAUAACAACAUGAUCUUAAUCUCUCACCAUAAUCAUCAUCCCCAAGACCAGAUGUACCUUCCCACUUCAUCAUCACCACUGAUUCAAGGUUUUCAAUUUGAUCAUGAAGCUUCUGAAGAUCUUAAGAUAGGCAAUCUCCUUCAUCUCCAGAAUCCUAAUUUGCAGGAAAUUACACCAUCCAAUGGUACUAUUCCAUCUUCUUAUAAUGAAGAUAGUACUUGGUCACUGGUAAAUCAUGAAAAUAAUCAGAUUCCCAGAAGUGAUCAUACCAAUGACCUGUUAUCCCCACAUUACAUUAUUGAUGAGAAAUUCAUGAACCCAAGUCAACCUGUUGAUCCUAGUACUGGACAGAAAUUAAUGUUUCAGAGUUCUGUCGAGGAUUAUAAUAUUGUUUGUGGCGUCCCGUAUUCAUCUUCAUCUGGUUCCCAAGAACAAGACCCUCUUGUUGCAAGAAUCAUGCAGAGCUAUCCAUCUUCUGGUUUUGGCUAUCCACAAGAUCAAAGUCAAAUGGCUGACAUGGCAGCCAAUCACAUGGAGUUCAUAGAAGCCAUCAUGUCGUCGUUGCCAUUAUUAUCAUCAUCAUCCUCCUCGUCCCCGUCCCCACUGUCAUCGAACAAUCAAAUUUUCGCAAAUACCCCUAAUCUUCCUUCAUGUUGGGAGCCAUGAAGAUCGAUAACUCUGAUCUCAAGAUGCUUCUGAGUAAAACAUUAGUUUGAUUCUUCGAACAUAACCUCAACAUGAAUUUACCUUUCCGAAGUUUUCUGCUUGUAUCACUUUAAUACUCAAGUGUAUUAUCAUUUGUUUCAACCAGUAAAAUAUUCAUUCAUCUUUGAAAGGCUGGGUUGAAGCAAAAUCAAGUGUUGAGUAUUGGAGUGAUUAAAAACUUUUGAGGUUAUGUUUGAUUGAGUCAAUUGUAAUUUUACUCGUUUGAUUUAUAUAUAUAUAUAUAUAUGUAUAAAGUAACGAUAAAAUUUAGAGAUAUGGGACUCUCAUUUUGAUGUACUUAUUUAUGAAUGCUAUAUCGUAACUUUGUCUGAUCAGUUGCUUUUUCAGUGAAUAUCACAGUCAUGCCUGCUUGUUCACUUCAGAC